ACGGCGAGUUGCUAGGAUAUCUGUCAAACAUGUAAAACAUUCAAUACAAUUUUUCCAAAAUAAUUAACCUUUUUAGUUUUCUGUGAUAUUUUCUGCUUACUUUAUGGAUAAAUUAUUUAUUUCUGUGAGAUUGAGAACUUUAAAAACUACAUAUUCAAAAUACAUUUCAAAUAUGUCAAAAAAAAGUAAAAGCAAAACAAAAGCUAUAAAUGUUAAGGAAAAUACAGAAGAACCUUCCCCAAUAUCACUUUCUAAAACUGGCAAUGUUUGUAUUAAGGUGUUAGCAAAACCUGGAGCUAAAUUGAAUUGCAUAACUGACAUUUCUGUAGAUGGUAUUGGGGUACAAAUAAAUGCGCCACCAGUUGAUGGAGAUGCAAAUACCGAGCUAAUAAAAUAUCUGGCUUCAAUACUAAAUCUAAGAAAAACUGAUAUAUCACUUGAAAGGGGUUCAAGAUCAAGAAAUAAAACUAUAUUAGCAAGUAAUACGACUGUUGAAGAUGUAACUUGUAAAAUAAAAUCAGCUAUGCAAAAUGGAUGA